ACGAUAAAUCGUCAAUUUAUUUCAAACAAAAAUGCAAAAUAUUACAUUAUGUAAUAAUACGUUAAACAAAUCGCAAGAACAAAUUGGCAGCGGAGAAUGUAAAUGUUACGAAAAUAAUGCUCCGUGUAUAAUUGUACAUGGAGGUGCGGGAGAUAUUGACGAUUUUAUAAUUAUAGAAAAAAUGACAGCUUGUAAAAAAGCUGCUGUUAAUGGUUAUAAAAAACUAAUGAAAGGUGGAACUUCAGUGGAUGCUGUAGAAGCUGCAUUAUGGUGGUUAGAAUGUGAUGAAUUUUUUAACUGUAGUUAUGGAUCCGUGUUAAAUGAAAUAGGAAAAAUUCAAAUGGAUGCUAGCAUAAUGGAUGGUAUCACAUUUAAAUGUGGAUCGAUAGCCGCAGUUUCAGAUAUAGAACAUCCUAUAAUGCUCGCAAAAUAUGUUAUGAACAAUUUUCCAAAUUCUAUCUUUGUGGGUGAAGGAGCUAAAAAUUUAGCAAAGCGUGCAAAUUUAAAUUGGAUAUCAGAAGGAAAUAUGGUUGCACCAACAGCGCGUAUAGCUUUUCAUUCAGGAGAAACAGGACAAUUUGACACUAAUAUUAAUAAUCAAAGUUUAUUGGAUAUCGCUAUGUUAACAAGUAAAUUUAUUGUAUUUAAGAUCACAAUAAGAUAUUAAUUCUUCAUUCAUCAUGUUAUUAUUUGUAGACAGUUCUGGUACUGUUGGUUGUGUAGCAUAUGACGGAUAUAGUAUAGCUGCAGGAACUACGACAGGUGGUUUAAAUAAAAAGUUGGUAG